UUGGCCCUCGCGAAGCGGCGAGAAGGCGGGGCGGAGCUCCGAUUGGCGGAGAGCUCUCCUUCCCGGCAGGUUUUACGGUGAGGAGGCUGCUGGGAAAUGUAGUUUGUUCGCCUCGCGCCUCACGCGACGGGAAGGCCGAAGGGGCAAAGCGCGUUCUGUGCUCCCAUUGGGCGGAGCGGGGCAACAUGGCGGCGCCCGGGGCGACAAGCUGAGCCGGGGGAGGCCGCUCCGAGCCGGGGUAGGCCGCAACGCUCCAGCUCCGUUCGCCGCCCCUCAUCGUUCCUCUCGGCUCCUCAUCGUUCUCUUCGGCUCCUCCGCCGCCAUGUGCCGCCUCCUGCAGGCCCUGGGCCGCAUCCCGGCUGUGGCAGCCCGGAGCCGCCCGCUGUGUCCGGGUGGGAGUCGAACAUACGCCCCUCCCGCAGAGAGGAAGCGGUUUUACCAGAACGUGAGCAUCUCACAAGGAGAAGGAGGCUUUGAAAUCAACCUGGACCACCGGAAGCUGAAAACACCCCAGGCCAAGCUCUUCACUGUCCCCAGUGAGGCCUUGGCCAUUGCAGUGGCAACAGAAUGGGACUCUCAGAAAGACACCAUCAAGUUCUACACUAUGCACCUGACCACACUGUGCAACACAGCUCUGGACAAUCCCACUCAGCGAAACAAGGUGCAGCUGAUCCGUGCAGCUGUGAAGUUCCUGGAGACUGACACUGUCUGCUAUCGUGUGGAGGAGCCAGUUGCCUUGGCAGAGCUGCAGAAGAAAGAAUGGGAUCCUAUUGUUGCCUGGGCUGAGAAAAGGUACAACGUGGCAAUCGGAUCCUCUACCAGCAUCAUGGGACCAAACAUCCCAGCCAGCACCAGGGACACCUUCAUCAGCCACCUGGCCUCCUACAACAUGUGGGCUCUGCAAGGUAUAGAAUAUGUAAUCACCCAGCUGAAAUCUCUGAUUCUGUCCAUGGGCCUGAUUGACAGGCACAUUACAGUAGAGAAAGCCGUGCUUCUGUCUCGGCUGGAGGAAGAAUACCAGAUUCAGCGGUGGGGCAAUGUGGAGUGGGCCCAUGACUAUGAUCUGUGUGAGCUGCGUGCUCGUGCAGCAGCUGGGACUCUCUUUGUUCAUCUCUGCUCAGAGAGCUCAACUGUCAAACACAAGCUGUUGCAGGACUAAGGCUGCAGGACUGGGUGGAGGAGGAAGAUGCCCUGCUGUGAAUUGCUGCCGUGACCUGGAGAGGGUAACAACCAUCCUGCCACCACAGCUUGUCUGGGAUCAGGCUUGUGCUGAGGAACUGCAGCUUUGUGGGCAGCUCCUUGCUGCAGUGCAGCGCCAGCAGUUUUGAGCCCACGAGGAGGAAAGGUCAAGGUGAGCUCCCUCUGCAUAUUCAAGGAAGCAGCGCUGUCCAUUACCAGUGUCUGUAAUUCAUCAGAGGAGCUCCCUUGAAAGAAACAGCUUCCUGGGCAGGGCACGGCACAGACACACCUAGCAUAUGCCACAUGUCUUCAUAGCUGCCAGCUCCUGACACACACUUGUUAUGGAAAUCUGAAAACAGACUCCGUUGCAUCUGUUCUUCAUCCCUCAGUGUGCCUGUAUGUAACACCAGGGUCUCUCUGUUUGAUUAAAGGCACGCCUCUUCAAGAUACUGAAAGCUAA